AUGAGUGCUCAAACAAUUGAAAACCAAUCCUCAAUCAACAAAUCCAUCCUCAACAAUCUUGUGCAUGGUGACGAUACUCUCGACAUCAAACAACAUUCUUCCUUAACACCUCGCCGUGAAAAUUGUGUGUAUGGUUUAUACAGCAAGUAUCAAGAAUUUGAUCCAACCAGCGCACCCUCUCAAACUUUAUGGAGCCAUAUCAUAAGUGAAGCCGCACACCAGCCUACCGCUCAUGAAAGUCCCAAAACUUCAGACAAUUUCAUCCAAUUUUCCGCCCCUUUCCUGUGUGAUCAAUACUUGGUCAAGCUCAAGAAGUUGUUUGAGGAACUGGCUGAAUCCAAGGCUGGUUGGAGUUAUACUUUCCGCCAUCACAACGCUGUGAUUCUUGAAGGCAUUUUGGAAGAUCUUCAAGAGCUAAAAAAUGGUACUGGUGCUGAAAAUACAAAAUAUAGAAACACCGCUCAAAUACAUUUCCCAGAUACUAGUAACCAUCAGCCAAAAAUCAGAUCAAGCUCGCACUCAGAUGAAAACGAUCAUUCUGGAUCUGCAGACGGUGAUGACCCACCACCUCCAGUUCUACCAACAAAAUCCGAAAACGACUUCGAAAACGCAACACUCAUCACAAUUGCCAUGUCGCCUUUCAAAACACCGCCAAAAAAUACUCGUGGGUGCAAUCUCAAGAUAAGCAAGCGAAGUCACCUCUUCCGUCAACAUUACCUCAUCCGUUCCAUUUCUAAUGAUUUAUACUUGUAUGAUCACCAUCAAAAUCAAAUGGGGACCACCAAGAUUUUUCAUGGAACGCGGCAGUCUUCAUUAUUAUCUUUCAACGAAAACGGGAUUCAACCAGCCUUCGGCCGCAACGAGUUCUCAUAUGCACCCGCGUUCUAUGCUUCAAAUGAUCCACAACAGGCAUUUGAACAUCCACUCCACAAUCAUCUAGGCGCAGGCACCAACAAUACAAUUGAUCUGAUUGCUGUGUUGCAGUUUGAAGUAGCAAUUUCUAUAUUGCACGGAAACGGAUCACCGGGAAACGAACAACCUCCGUUCAAUGUCUACCGAUUCUCUAAGUACUCGCAGACAAACUUGAUCCAUUGGCAGAAGUUUUGUGAUCGCAACAUGAAGGCAAGAAUCUCUGAAAACCACGACUACGUUCUUGUCAUAGGUCCAAUCUGUUUGCCAUCAAAAGACAAUAAACCAGUGACGUGUCUGCAGAUGAAGAACUCCAAGAUACCAACCACUCAGAUUGCCUUUUGCUCCAGAAGGUCAAGGGCUUGGAUUGGCAGACAGAUCAAAGAACAUAUAUCUUGA